AUGCCUCGGCGAAUCUGUCCGGAUGCCCAUCCCACACCACUGACACCCUUAAGCGUUUUCUCUACGAUCCACAUUACCACCGUUCACGAGAAGCUGGCCGAUCUUCAACGGACUGUCGACGCUCGCACGCAACUGGUCGAACUUGCCCACCAACAUCCGCAACGCUACCACCUCGACUCCUGGACGACACAAGCUUAUCACACCUACGUUAGUCGACGGAACAACGACUUUGAAGAACUCUUGGCCGAGAUUAGGCUCUCGGUUGCAUAUUUCGGUCACAUUAACCUGCCGGGGCGCCGCGAAUUUACUGACGCAGUCAAAGAUGCAGGUCUCUACGAGGAAGAAGUCUCUCUCGAGCAGCUGCUUGCAUGGCACGAUGAAGCAGAGCAUCUUCGAAUGGCGGCCAGGAAUAACUGUGAGUGGUUUGUUGAGAGUGGCGAGUAUAGUGACCGUCGAGACGGGAUCUUCAGCCCCGAAUGGAGCUUCGCAAACUCAAAUGCAGGAGGAGCGCGCGCAAGCAUCGAGGAAGUCGCACCAGAUGAGGUUCAGCAGACCUCGGACGCAGCAACUGCUGACAAUGCCAGUGGCGUGGAGUAG